AUGGACCCUUUAACUCCCAACUGCCGCAAGGUCGCCUCGCCCGGCAUCUUCCAGCCGAUUCUCUCCAUCUUGAUCGUCUUCGGCAUCCUCAUCUCCUACCUCCCCCAACACAUCCGCAUCGUCACCCUGCGCAGCUCCUUCGGUAUCUCGCCCUACUUCGUCCUCCUGGGAGUCACCUCGGGCACCUCGACCUUUGCCAACAUCCUUGUCACCCCCGCAACCGCCCGCGAUGUCGGCUGCUGCCAGGAGGUCAACGCGACAGCCUGUUUCGCGGCCCUGCUGGGUAUCUUCCAGAUGGGCAUGCAGUGGCUCUGCUUCUUCUCCAUGUAUGCUAUCUAUCCCCUUCCCUCUUCUCUCGGGUGUACCCUUCUAACCGACCCCUCCAGCCUCCUCCUCUUCGUCAUCUACUUCCCGCGAGCCACAUCGCCCACAUCCCCACUCACCCCGGCCGGUCCAACCUACCGCACUGCACUCGUCAUAACCGCAAUCUGCAUCCUCCACGCGCUAGUCGUGGUGAUCAUCUCCGCGGCCUUCGCGCUGCGCGAACCCUCCGCGCUCAAGCACUGGGCAGACUUCCUCGGCAUCCUAGCCGCCAUCCUCGCCUCGAUCCAAUACCUGCCCCAACUCUACACGACCUUCCGCCUCCGCUGCGUCGGCAGCUUCAGCAUCCCCAUGAUGUGCAUCCAGACUCCCGGCAGCUUGGUCUGGGCGGCUAGCUUGGCUGCGCGCCAGGGUCCCGGCGGCUGGAGUACCUGGGGUCCGUUGGUGGUUACUGCUUGUCUGCAGGGCUCGCUGUUGUUCAUGGCUAUCUACUUUGAGUACUUUGGGCCGAAUAGUAAGCGCAAAGCGGUGCAUGAGGCCGAUGAGCAUGGGGCGCCCAGUGGUGAAGCUGCGGAGCAGGAACCUACACCGCAACACGCGGUGGCGGCGGACAGGCCGUCGGAGGAGACGCCGUUGCUGCAGAGUCAGUGA